AAAUUUGGUAUAUCAUUAAUAACUGCAAUGAAAGACGGAAGCAGAUUGUUGACAAUCCUUCUGAAGGUAUCAGAAAAAGCUGCAAAUAUUGCAAGAGCUUGUAGGCAAAAUGAUGUUCUAUUUAAAUUACUUGUACAAGAAAAAUCAGAGGAAGAAAAGAAUCCACGUUUCUUCCAAGAUUUCAAAACUUUGGCAGAUGUUCUUAUUCAAGAGACGAUUAAACAUGACAUAGGAUUAGAGUUUCCAGAACUGGCUAAGGUAGUACAGGGAGAAGAAAAUAAUACAUUCAGCAAUGCUAUGGGUGAAUCUAUAGUGGUUGAAGUAUGUUCAACUAUUGAAGAGACUACACAAUUAUUAGCUAAGGUGAUGGGUAGUGAUAUUGCAACUGCUGGAUUACUAGCUACUGAAGUUCAUAAGGAUGUUCAAUUCUUAGACAUCCCAAUGGUAGCAGAGCUACCUUUUGAUUUUGAUAUAGAUAUUUAUGAUCUUGGUAUAUGGAUAGAUCCAAUUGAUUCAACUGCAGAUUAUAUAAAUGGAGGUGAAAAGGUGGAUUUUGCUACUGGUAUACAUAUGAGUGGCUUACGAUGUGUCACUGUCUUGAUAGGAGUAUAUUCAAAAAGUACAGGUAUACCAAUUGUGGGAGUAAUUAAUCAGCCUUUCUAUACAAAUGUGGAUUUACGAUGGAAAGGCAAUUGUUACUGGGGAUUCAUGGAAAACAAUAUUGGAAAAUGUUCUAUAGUGAAAGAACCUAAUAAUAAAAAGAUAAUUAUUCUGAGUAGAGUUGAAGAUGAAACUGUGAAAUCAAAGCUCACAGAUGCUGGUUUUGUUAUAGUCGAAGCCGCUGGGGCAGGAUAUAAAAUAUUAAGCGUCGCUCUUGGACAAGUCGAUGCCUACAUUUUAUCUAAAGGUUCCACAUACAAGUGGGAUACUUGUGGUCCACAAGCACUUUUGCGUUCUUUAAAUGGAGGUAUCAUUGAAUUUCAAAGUUUUAUAAAUAAUCCUGAUUCUGAUUAUAUGGAUGUAAAAUAUUUAUCUAUGUCCACCAAUUUCUCAAAUAGCAGUGGUUUGGUAGCAUAUAGAAAUCUUGAAACUUUGCAAACACUAAAAUCGAUUUUAUGCAAAUAA